AUGGUAAAUAAAGCAUUAACCGAUAAAGAGCUGGAAGAUAUUGUGGAAAAUAUGAGCGAUAUCGAAUACGACUCGGACAGCGACGACUCUGUAGCUGAUCCAAACUAUGAUAAUUCCGGUUUAUCGGAAAGUACGGAUAGUGAAUUUGAAACUGGCAUAGUUGCAAAAAGACGAAGACUAAACGACUGUGUCCAGGCAAACGCAAAUAUAGGGACUGUAAACGUCACUUCGGAUAGCGAAGUAAAUUUAUCCGAAAACGGCGAAGGUUAUACGUACAACUUGAAAAUAUAUACUGGUAAGGAGAACAACCCAAACGUACAGCCAGUUGCCAGUCGCGUAGUUCUCGAACUUAUGAAACCUCUCUUAGAUCAAGGACGUCUUCUAUGUACGGACAACUUUUAUACUAGCGUUAGCCUCGCACAUGAUCUUCUGGAUAGGAAGACUCACCUUCUUGGAACUCUGAGAAAAAAUAGAAAGUUCAGCCCUAAACCAGUUGCGGAUGCAAAACUUGGAAAAGGCGCCAUGAUGGCACUUGAAAGUAAUACCUACGUAAUAGUAGGAAAAUGGAAAGACAAAAGAGACGCCUUAUUUUUGACAACUGAAGCAGUUCCAGAAAUGACAGAAGUGCAAACCAAAAAAGGUAUUGUAAAAAAGCCAUCUACAAUUGUGAAGUAUAACAGUAUCAAGUCAUUUAUAGACGUUUCAGACCAAAAGUUUUCCUACAAGACUACUGUACGACGCGGAAUAAAAUGGUACAGGAAGGUUGCCAUAGAACUACUAACAAACACAGCAGUGGUGAAUGCUCAUAUA